CACGUUUCUGUAUAAAUUGCAAGCACACAAAUUUACACGUGUGGGACCACCAGAAGUUUCUAAAUCAGCAACAUGGAGGGAGGUGAUCAUCAUGAGGAGGUACCCCAAGCGAUUGUCCCGCCAGAAAUCACUGAAAAACAACCAUCCGAAGUUGAAGAAAAGCAUGAAGAAUCACUAGCAGCACUGACUGAUUCAAUUUUAGACGAUGAUCUCGUAGUUAUUCCGAGUCAAACAGAAGUCCAACAGCAGGAGUCGGCGGCAGCUGAACAGCUAGACACCGAACAGCCAGAUACCGUCGUUCCAUCGGAGCCCUCUCCUCCCGCGGAGCCUGAGCCUCAGGCGGCGAUUCCUGAAAGCGAACCGUCACAACCUGCACCUGAAUCUGAACUUAAACUUGAACCUCAACCUGAAAGCGAACCUCAAUCUAAACCUCAACCUCAACCCGAACUUCAACCCGAACCUGCGCCUGCCCCUGCCCCUCAACAUAAACCUCAACCUGAACCUACCCAAAGCCAAAGUCAGUCUGUCGACUCUGUCCCUCCAGCUCCACCACAGCCAAAUCCAGAGCCAAGCAUCAAGCUCGCUCGUCCAGCUUCAGCUACAGUUAGAACAGCAUCAAAAGCAAUCAAAGGGCCCAUGGAUAUGGCUGUAGUUGAAGAAGAUGAUGAUGAUAUUGAAGAUGAGACAUUGACGGAAAGACUGGUCGGCCUCACCGAGAUGUUUCCGCAGACGUUGUGUACGGUCGCAGGCGUGACAUUCAGUCUGUCGGUCAGCAGUAUGAAGAAGCUUUUCAAUUUCAGCCGGAGCGCCCUCUGGAUCGGCAGUACAUCGUUCAUGCUCCUCAUCUUGCCGAUCAUCUUCGAGACGGAGAUGGUGCACAUGGAACAGGCCCAGAUUCAGAGACAGAAGCAGAUAUUACUUGGACCUAAUGCUGCCUCAGCCGGCGGGAUGACGGGAGGUCUAACGCCCCCUAUACCGGGGGUCUCGGUGGCUGCACCCCCUCCUGGAGCCAGAUAGUCUCUACUAUGCAGACAGGUUUUAGAAUAGUAGUGACCUAAAGUAUUCUUUUUAUAUCUCCACGUUUUCUCUGAUUAUCCAUACAAAUCUCUCAUUUAAUAAUGACUAAUGGAGGUUUUCUAGGUAAAUGAAAUCAACAAAAAAAAGGAAUAAGAAAUCAAUAAAUUUUGAGAAUUAUUCCUAACGUCACUUUUCUUUCUACAAGAUGUUUAGCCAGUGUUUAUGCAGAUUACAAGCUUAUGAACACUGUAUGAAUGAUUGACAUGUUUUCUAACAGAUUCCCAAUUGAGGCUUCCCUGGGUAAUCAAAAUUAGUAUUAAUAAGAUAUUUCUCUUAGCCCCCCCCCCCCUUCUUAAUUGGCAGAAUUAACAGUUACUAGUUCACCCAUUGAAUACCUGUACUGAAUUCUUGGAUUCCGAUGAGCUUUUGUCUAGGAGUUAACAGAUGCGAGAGAAUUGUGCAGUAGAUAUACAUGUAUCAGUAUUUAAUAGAUUUUUGUGGGAUAAUUAAUUUGUAAAUUCGAAUGUAACAACUUACAUAAAUUGAUGUAAAUUUUAAUGCAGUGAUACUUGUGGAUGUGUGUCCACGUAAGAAGAGGAGGAAAAGUUCCUCACACCAAAUCUAGGAACAAGGUUUGCCAUUGAUAUUAUGAAUAUCAAUCCCAUAGCAAUAAUAUGAACCAUUUGUUUGCACUUGUUUUCCUUAUUACUUUGAGAGUGAAGAAUUGGGUAGGAUGUUGCAAGAAACAAUUUUAAUGUUCUUUAGUAACAUGCCAGUUGCAACAGUGCUGUAUUGAAUGGUACUUUAUAGACUAAAGAUGACCUGCUAUUUACUAGUACAUACAUAUUACAUUUGUUUGUGUUUAUACCCAUUUUAUGUGAAAAGUAUAAUUGUGGCAUGACAUGAUGUUACUAAAUAUAUGAACACUUUAUUGUGGACAUUUGAUUUAA